AUGGUCGCGUUGAAAAAUGAGCUUCCAAGUAUUUCCCAGCACGAGGAAUCUACCGAAAGAUCCUUCUCGCGCAACGAGAAAUACCGGGGAGACCAAAUCUCGGAGUCGCAUCCUAAGCACGUCAAUUUGAAUGCAAAUCUUGAGGCAAAGAUACAGAAUCCCCUCGCGGGUAUCUCAGAGCAUCUUCUCCUUCAUGAAGUAGAUGAUUUCGCCAUCGAGAAAGGACUUACAGACAUACUGCCAUUGUUAAGAAAAGGUGCACUUGUGGCAAGAGAUCCAUCAAAUUACGAAGAUAUAACUGGAGAAGAAAAAUUGACCGACGACGAGAUUGAAGCUUUACAAGAUGAGGUCUUACAUAAAUGGAGACAGCCGACGUCGCUUUACUAUACCAUAAUAUGCUGUUCUAUAGGUGCUGCUGUUCAAGGAUGGGAUCAAACAGGGUCCAAUGGCGCAAAUCUAACAUUUCCACAAUAUUUUGGUAUCGAUUCGCAUUCCACUCGACAUUCAUUACUCGUUGGAAUGAUUAACGCGGCGCCAUAUAUCGGAUCCGCAAUCGUUGGUUGCUGGCUUGCUGAUCCUCUCAAUAACUGGUUUGGUAGACGUGGAACUAUUUUUGUUUCCGGGAAUCUCUGCCUCUGGACAGUCUUGGGCUCGGCAUUUUGCCAUACAUUACCACAACUUUUGGUUUGCAGGCUUCUUUUAGGGUUUGGAAUGGGAUGUAAAGCGAGUACAGUGCCUAUUUUCGCAGCUGAAAACUCACCUGCUGCUAUCCGUGGUGCUUUGGUUAUGAGCUGGCAAAUGUGGACAGCUUUUGGAAUCUUCCUUGGAUUCUGUGCUAAUCUCGCGGUGGCAAACGCUGGUCAUAUUGCCUGGCGUCUCCAAUUGGGCUCUGCGUUCAUUCCAGCGGUCCCGCUGGUGUUAGGAGUCUAUUUCUGCCCAGAAUCUCCAAGAUGGUACAUGAAGAAAAGGAGAUAUCAUGAAGCAUACGCAUCUUUGCUGCGACUGCGGAAUAAACCUAUCCAGGCUGCCCGCGAUCUCUACUACAUCCAUUCGCAGUUGGAACUAGAGGCAGAAAUCAUUGGACGAAACACUUACUUGACACGCUUCGUUGAACUUUUCACGAUCCCAAGAUUACGCCGCGCAACUCUUGCUUCUUUUACCGUCAUGAUGGCUCAACAGAUGUGCGGAAUUAACAUAAUUGCAUUCUAUUCCUCGACUGUGUUUGUCGAGGCUGGCGCUACACGCACUCAAGCCCUCAUCGCAAGUUUUGGUUUUGGACUGGUCAACUUCGUAUUUGCCUGGCCGGCUAUUUGGACUAUCGACACUUACGGAAGGCGUAGUCUUUUGCUCUUCACAUUUCCAAAUAUGGCGUGGAGCUUGUUGGCUGUGGGUCUAUGUUCGCUCAUAGACUCUAACAGUAAAGCACACUUGGGCCUAAUGGCAUUCUUUAUUUAUGUCUUCACAUGUUUCUACAGCCCGGGAGAAGGUCCUGUUCCGUUUACAUACGCUGCAGAAGUAUUUCCACUUUCUCAUCGUGAGGUGGGUAUGGGGUGGAGUGUAGCCGUAAAUCUCUCCUGGGCAGCUAUAUUGGGUAUCACCCUUCCUAUGAUGAAAGACAAGAUGCGCAUCAUCGGCGCUUUCAGCUUCUAUGCUGGAUUAAAUGUUAUUGCUUUUAUUAUGAUAUUUCUCUGGGUGCCAGAGACAAAACAGCGGACGCUAGAAGAAUUGGAUUAUGUUUUUGCAGUGCCUACGAGAAAGCAUAUGCAUUAUCAGCUUACCAAAGCUCUUCCUUGGUGGAUCAACCGUUAUUUGUUGAUGAGAAGAAACACACCAAGCCUUGAGCCAUUAUACCGGUUCGAAGGUCCCGAAAGACUGUCAAACCUGGAUCAUAUUUACACGCAUAAACUACCGACAAAAGCUGUAACUCGCAAUCCAAAGCACACCGUGACGAACGUAUAG